AUGCUCCAAACUGGCGCGAAGAAUUAUGGUAUCCACCUCGGUCCCGCCAACAACCCACAGGAAGAAACCGCACCUCGAUCGGAGCCAAUUUCCGCACCAGGCAAUAUUUUCGUGCUAGGCACCAGCAGUUCGCAGCCUCAGCACAGCGCCCAAGGAUCUGAAACCAACGAUGGAGAAACGUAG